GCAACCCCGGCCUCAACCUCGCGUGCGCAACUCUCUCGCUCUCACUUACACACACGCACGCAGCGCAGUCAGGCAGGCAGUGGCACUCGCAGCACAGCCGCGGCCGCUCCACCAGGCAUGGCACAGGGCUCUCCCUCACUAUGGCAGCAGCGCGACACAGCACCCUCGACUUCAUGCUCAGCGCCACAGCUGAUUGUAAUGCCAUUUUUAAAGGUCUACAGUCCAUCUUCCAAAAGCAGGAAAUGACAGAGACUAUUCAUAACUGGGAAGAUCAUGGUUACCUAGCAACAUAUGUCAAUAAAAGUGGCAGUUUUGCCAAUCUGAGAAUUUAUCCUCAUGGCUUGGUGUUGGUUGAUGUACAGAGUUACAAUGAUUUGAAUGGUGGAGAUGAAACAGAGCAGCUUCUAAACAAGAUAGAAGAAAGAAUGAAAGAAUUGUUACACAGGGACAUCAAAAGGGUGAAACGUUUGCCAGCCAUUGUGAGAGGAGGUGUCAUUGAUAGAUACUGGCCCACAGCAGAUGGACGAUUAGUGGAAUAUGACAUAGAUGAAGUUAUUUAUGAUGAAGAGUCAGCUUAUCAGAAUAUUAAAAUUUUACACUCAAAACAAUUUGGAAAUAUUCUUAUCCUCAGUGGGGAUGUUAAUCUGGCAGAGAGUGACCUGGCAUAUACACAAGCUAUAAUGGGCAGCGGGAAGGAAGACUACACUAACAAAGAAGUGCUCAUUCUUGGAGGUGGUGAUGGGGGGAUAUUGUAUGAAAUAGUCAAAUUGAAACCAAAGAUGGUCACCAUGGUAGAGAUUGACCAAAUGGUGAUUGACGGGUGUCGAAAAUACAUGCGCAAAACCUGUGGAGAUGUCUUGGACAAUCUGAAAGGAGAAUGCUAUCAGGUUCUAAUAGAAGAUUGUAUUCCAGUACUGAAGAGGUAUACCAAAGAAGAAAGGAUGUUUGAUUAUGUAAUUAAUGAUCUGACAGCUGUUCCAAUCUCCACAUCUCCAGAAGAAGAUUCCACAUGGGAGUUUCUGCGGAUGAUUCUGGACCUUUCAAUGAAAGUCUUGAAACCUGAUGGAAAAUAUUUCACACAGGGAAAUUGCGUCAAUCUGACUGAAGCCUUGACUCUCUAUGAAGAACAGCUAAGCAGGCUAUAUUGUCCUGUGGAAUUCUCCAAGGAAGUUGUAUGUGUCCCCUCAUACAUGGAAUUAUGGGUAUUUUAUACUAUUUGGAAGAAGAGGACUGAUGUUUGAAGCUCAAGCAAGGUCCACAUGCCACACAUGCUGCAUGAAGCGUGUAGACUUGCCACAUGCUUUGUCUUGGCAUCUUGAAUCUUUUAAAUUAUAUGCUGUAGAUGAUACUGAAACAUAGUCAUGCUAUCAAUUUGUGAAUUCUUUAAAUGUUUUUAUUAUUAUUUUUAAUUUAAAAGCAAAUGGAAAAUGUAUAUUUUGAUGAGCUAGGGUGUUAUUUUUUUGAAAGUCAGCUUAGAUGAAUUAGCAGCGAAGCUAUAGCUGCUGAAUGCACUGAACCGUUAGAAUGUGAUCAUUUUAUUAUUUUUAUUUUAGAUCUUUGAAUACCAAUUUUAAAAGACAACAUUAGCAUUUCAGUGUGAUCCUCUAGAUUUUUUUUCCCUUUGGAGACUAAUCAGUUUAAUAUAGACUUAAACGUUUUGUUUUGUUAAAUGAUCAAUGUGCUUCCAAUAGAGGAAUUAAGGGCAGACUUUUUUUAAGGAUACUCUCUGGCCCAUUGGGAUGUUAUAAAUCAGACUUCACCAACCUGGGGGCCUACAGAUGUCUUGGACUGCAAUCCCCAUCAUGAGAGUUGCAGUCCAACAUAUCUAGCGACCACCAGGUUGGGGAAGCCUGUUAUAAAGCUACCAUGAGAAGACUCAUGAUGUUUUCUUAUGAUGAAUCUUGAUUCUAACCUACAUGAGUUGAGAGCUAUCAUUUAACUUUCUGUGGGCCUUUCAGAUAAGCAAAUGCUCAAUCUCAACUAUGAAGAUUUGUUCAGAAGAAAAGUUCAUCAGAACCCAAAUGAUGAGGCAGAAAGUUAUGUUGUGGUGACUUUGCUUCAUCAGAAUUAACAUGAAUUGGGCCUAGUCCUUAGUUAUAAAGGGAAGGAGCUAACUUUAGAUUUUAUUCGUCAUCUGAGUUGGACUAUUUUUUGUCUUCACCAACCUGGUGCUCUCCAGACCUGUUGAAUUACAAUCUCAUCAUCCAAGUCACCAUAGUCAGUGGAUAAUACUUUCUAUGGGUAAUGGAAGAUAUAGUCCAAUAUGUUUGGAGGGCACCACGUUGGGGAAAGCUGCUGAAGACUUUUCAAUACAAAAGGGUGAAAUGAUCUUGGGCUAAAUUCAGAUUUAAUCAUACUUUGAAUAGACUCUUUGAAAUCAAUGGGGCAGAUAAGUCGUGGCUAAUAGGUCCCAUUGAUUUCAAUGUAUCUACUCAUAAGUACGGCUAAAUUUGGAUUCAAUCCCCUAUGUUCUCAUUCAUAAAGAGAUUUACAACAUACUUAAUUCUGGUAUAAUGCCAUUAAGUUAAACUGUCUAAGUUGUUAGUAAAGUGUUGUUCAAAUCAGUUAGCCCCUGUUAUAUUUAUGAUAAUUAGGGAGGAAUAGUAGAUCAAACAGAUACUGUUGGCACUAUAAAAUAAGACUUGAAUUGCUUCCCCAACCCAUCAAGUUCAUUCUAAGAAGCUGAAUCACAUAUGAGAGUACUUUUAUUGGUUAUACACACCUUUAACUUUAGUGUUAAUGUUCCUGAAGUAUGAAAGGUCAUUGAAAAGGGAAAAUUAGAUAAUUCGGGUACAUUGUGCUGGAAAGUUCUCCUUUACUAGCCCUAUAGACAUGAAUGGAAGUUGAGCUCAAGAAUACAGAAUGUGCUCCAUUCUUUUUAGCAUGGUCUGUGCAGGAGAAGUUUCUGGUGGAUUGUGUCACUGAGAGUCUUUUGCAUCUUGUAUUUAUAUUUUGUGCAUGUCUGUACUAGAGUCAGUUGAGUCCAGCCAUAUGGAUGGAAUGAAUCUUGUGACUGACCCUAAAGCAUCACUAGCCCAUACACUGUGUUUGCGUAUGCAUGUUGAAAUAUCUAUUAGAUUGAUUGCAUUUGUACCUUUUACCCACCUUGUCUGCUUCUGCACAUGGUGUGAAAUUAUAUUUUUGUAAAAUUAUUUUGUCUGCUGAUUGAUCAUUUGCUUAUAAGUUUGCUAUAAGCAGAUUCUUAAAGUAGCUCAGAAAUGCACCCUUAUUGUAGAGUUUGUGGAGAGAGAGAGAGAGAGUGAAUUAAGAUGUACCAUCCUUUUCUUGUCUUUUUAAGAUCUUUCAACAAAAUUAUCCUCCUUCCCCCGCUGAAACAUUUGCGUUUCAUUUACUCACAGUACUAGAAAAAGGACAGUACCUAGACCAGCCUUCUCUAACAUCCUUAAACUGUUAGACCAUAAUUCCUAUUGUCCCCAGAGAGCAGGCUGUGGGAUGUGGGGGUUGUAAUCCAACACAUCUGGAGGGCUGACCUAGACAUGGGCUUACUUCCAAGUAAUCACAAAAUGAGCAAGUUUCCCCACCCUUCCCCUCAUUGUGAAAAGUCCUACACAUUUUGCACAAUUCUCUUUCUCCAGAGAUAGUUUGUUCCUAUUUAGAAAAGAGAGCAUAGUCCUUUAUAACCCUUUAUAGUCCAUGAAGGAACUCUGCAAUGAGGUAAAGCAUUUCUUGAAACACUGGCAAAAUGUCACUUUAGGCUUCUUUUGUGCUAACAAAAUGGGCAUAUGAAGGUAGGCCUAUAAUUCGAAACUCCUGAAUUACACGUCUAUGCAUUGAAACUACCUAAUAAGCCAUUUGAAUCUCUGUAUCAUUAAAAUAAUUUUAGAACUUCUCAAUGGUAAAGAGCAAACUUCAUUCAGGUCAGACCAUUUCCUACUUGUUGAAAACAUGCACAGAAAGUGCAGACCAACCCCUCCCCCCUGUUAAAAAUACAACUCUGCCACAUUUAUACUGAAUUAUUUCCCUGCUUUUGAAUAGAAUGGUAAUAGCUUAGAUAGAAUCCUUUAUUUCUUUCCCUUAUAGACUGAUGAUAUAACACACAAAAUCAGAGAGAGACUACAAUAAACAGACAUAAUGUUGUUUUCAGAAUUGGUUUCGAAGAAACUUCAACAUAUAUGUUUGUAACCUCGAUGUACUUCAAAAGAUACUAUUUUCUGAAAUAAACAUGUUGUUUUGGGAUUAUGCAAUGCUUGUAUCUUGGAAGUAAUAGCCACCUUCUUAGAAAAGUAGAAGAAUUUUUCUCUCACCCUCCUAAGUAUCGAUGUUAAGAUUAUAUAAUGUCUCCAAUACUUAUACUAAAAAAACAACUACUAGAUAAUUUCUUAGGCUUUUGUUUUGUGAUUGAAACCAGCAUAGUUUUACAUGAUUUGUGGUAAUUUAUAGUCAAUUUUCAGAAAUUCUCCAGAAGAAGAAUUUCAGAAAGCAGAGUAAAAUAUUGGCUAAGAAUAAUGUGUUUGUAUCCCCACCCCCACCCCAUUCUUGUCUUAGUUACUAUAUAGAAUGGAGUUAAAUACACUGCUAAUUUUGGAGGAGGAACAUGUUGACACUUCAUUUUCUUAUAUAGAGAGAGAUCCAGUUUGCACAAUCACUGCUGCUCACUGUGGCUCGUUUAAGCCGUGAUGAGCUAUGGUACAUCCUGGGCAGUUUUUGAAUAUUCAAGCCAUGGGUUGUAGGGGUUGUGCAAGGGUUAAACAACCCUUUCAUAACCCUAGAACGGGCCAUGGGUUAUGCAAGGGUGGUUUAAACCUUGCACAACCCCCACACUGCCCAGGUUUGGGCCACCUGACAAGCCAUGGCCAUGACUUGAAUAUUCAAAAUCACCAUCGGCAUAUGCUGCAGCCGACUGUGGGUUAAAUAAGCCACAGUGGGGGUUUGAUCAUGUGAACUGGUCCUGAGACUUUAUGGCAUAGUGUUUGAUUUGUGUGGUGAUAAAGGGAUAUUGUAGUGUUACCUCCUGACACAUUCUAAUAGAUAGAAGCAAGGUUAGUCUUAAAUCUGGUAUGAACUGAGGAGCAAAAAUAGAUGAGAAAUAACAUCAUUUGAAAAGCUGACUAAUACAUGUGUCAUUCUCUCAGUAAAAGGGAAAUAAUGGAGGGUAAUGCGUUUUUAUAAAAUAGUUUUGUGUUGAAUAUCAUUAUAACAUAGAUGUGUGUGUUUAUAAGAAAAAUGGUAUAAACUGAACAUCUCUCCCCACACCCCUUUUCCCUAUUACUGCUUGAAUAGACUGAGGAAAUGUUUGAAUAAACUGUUGUCACUCUUUAUUUAUAUAUGCUUGUUGCUAUACUAUGCAGUAUGAAAUUUCACAUUUUUUCUUUUUGGAUGUUAAGAAUUUAGGGAAAAAACUCUGUAGCAGUUUAACACUUUUUAAUUUUACACAUGAAACUGAAUGGAACAUCCAUUGUGAGUGCCUCACUACACAAGCAGAUCAAUCCCAAAAAUGGUUGGCGUGGUGUCUCUCUUAAUUCUUUGCACUAAAUGCUGCUUCCAUCUAAUAGUGAAAUUUGAGUAUUUAAAAAAAAGUUUGAUAACUCAUCUGAUUUUGCUGAAAGAUAACUGCUGGUUGUUGUAUCAACUGCACUAGUAACAGUGCAUAUAUUCAAAUAAAGGUACGCUGCUAUUAACCGUG